UAAAAGUCGAUUGCGUGAUAUUGGAGAUGGUUUACAGAAUGUCGGUAGCAACAAUCAACGUUCUUGUGAAUAUUUUUGUCAUCUGGCUACUCGGAGUAACUCAAGCCUUACCUCAAAGAUGCCACAGGGACCUUGGUAUGGAGGAUGGAAAAAUUAAAGACUCACAAAUCACUUAUUCCAGCGUUAGACAGGGUAUGACUGCUUCUUCUGAACAAGCUCGUCUUCACCACAAUGUUCCACCAUGGGGUGCGUGGUGUCCAGACACAAUUUGUUGA